AUGACCCGCAUGUGUCUCAUCGAUCCAAAGAGACUCUUGAACAUUGUCGGCGGGGAAGCACCCUCAGCAGACCAGAGACAAAGCUUUCUGGAAGGAAACUUGACGGGCCCCGAAGGCAAACCGAUGCAAAAGGAGAAAGACAUGUAUCCUGUCGUGAAUGAAGUGAUAAGAUCCGUGCUUCUGGCCGCACACUCGCCUCCGGCUGCGUCUACCUCCAAUUCCACUUCAUUCACUUCCAACUCUACAGCAUCCGCCCUCGAACCUAUCUCGCUGGCCUCAUCACGUCCUCCUAUCCCAGACCCCGCACCUCCUUCCUCAUCCUCAUCCUCGGCAGCUACGCCUCUGAGCCUCCGUGUUCUGACGACACCAACUCAAAAUGAGUCAUCGGAAAAUCGCCACGCCACACGCUGUGACCUCGGCAUCUACCUUUCCGAAGAGCGAUCCAAAAAGGCUACCAAGCUCGAUAAAAUUGACGAGGAUCGUUGCUCGUGGCACCAUCAAUUAAUCCCGAUCGAAGUCAAACUCAAGUAUGAGCGGUCAGCUUUCUAUAGCAAGGAAGGCUCCGCGACGGAGGACGAACCCGUCUCUGAUUCCGUCGCAGGGACGGAGGGCUCAGGUGCCCAGUCGACUGAAGCGGAUUCAACCUUUACUCUGGCCGAGUCGUCGAGCUCUCAUGCAGGGACACCGAAUUCUCCAGCUGUACAAAUGGCCAUUCCCACCACGGUCCCUCCUUUCAUACGGAAUUCCAAAGAAGGAAUGCCUCACCUCGCCCAACUCCUGGAGUACAUGCUGAACAUCUUCAACUACCAACACCGCCUUUUCGCCUACAUGAUCUACAUCGUCCACGACGUCGCCCGCAUUCUCUACUUCGAUCGCGUCGGGGUGUUGGUGACACGGCCGUUCCAGUGGCUCAACAAGGAUUCCCACCUUCAUGACUUCAUCUGGAGGAUCGCUCGAAGCGGCGACCUCGCGGCAUUGGGGUUGGAUCCGACGGCAACGUUCGCCUCCGACGACGACGAGAAGCAGUUCAGGGAUCUCGCGACCGGCGCGACCGCCAGCUUGAAAUCGCUCAUUGUGCAGGCGACCAAGGCCGACUAUCCCGUCUAUAAGCUCGUCGUCACCCCCGCCGGUCACUGCUCCGAUACGAUGCCGUACUGCGAUACAGACCAGCCAGCGAGUAACCUGGAAGAUCCACGCCAGUUCUUGGUCGGUGCACCGAUGUCCACGUCGAACGAUAUCACGGGGAGGGCGACGAAGACGCACUUGGCUCAAGACGUCAAAACAGGCCGGCUGGUCAUAGUCAAGACGUCGUGGCGGCCGCUCGUGCCUGGGCGCACUCGGCCAGAGCAUUCUGUCUACUUGCAUCUUCACGGCCUCGAGGACGAGAACAUCUCUAGUGGCAUUCCAACCCUGGUGUGCGGUGGUGACGUGGGCGGCUCGCUCGCUCAGAAGACCAUCGUUCAGGACUAUCUUCGGACGGCCCAUUCGGACGGUGGUGAUUGGGUGCCGGCUCCACGAGUGCACUACCGCAUCGUGCUCGAGGAAGUGCUGUUACCGCUUACAGAUUUCACGAGCUUCAACGAGCUUUCCGUAGUGAUGGCGAACACGAUCAUGACACACUGGUUUGCGUACAGCACCGGACAGGUCCUUCAUCGGGAUAUCAGCGUAGCGAAUAUCAUGAUACAUCCCGAGACCAGGAGGGGGUACCUGAUCGAUUUUGACCUCUGCCUAUUUGUGUGUGAGUUGGAAAAAGGGAAGGUGGAACCUGAUCGUACGGGGACGUGGUACUUCCGAUCCGCUCUGUCGUUGCUGUAUCCCUUCAAGCCGUAUAGGUUUUCGGACGACCUCGAAUCCUUCGUCCACGCCUAUCGUUAUCUCGUUUACCGGUAUCACCCUGUCGAGGAGGACAGCCUCAUUGCAACCGUCAAAGACAUCUAUGAGGUAUCGAAGCUGGUAGACGGCAUUUCUGUCGGCGGUAGGCGGAAAAUGAAAGGCCACCAGAUGCCAAAAGGAGAACCGCGGCCGGAUGAUGUCGGUGACGACGGACUGAAGAACCUACUCAAGGCCCUUGCGAAGGGCUGCUACGAAUCCUACCGAGUCAUCGACGAGGCUCGCAUGAAAGCCGCUUACGGUAUAAAGAGCUCACCUGCCGGAAACAAGCAGUCCAACACCGCCUUAACACAGAAGACCGUGAAGCCUUCCAGAUUGAUGAGCCUGGACGCCACGAAAGCCCAGAUUCAUGAAGAUUCGCAGCUGACAGCCCCUCCUCAUCCAAGCCCUACCGAGCCGCUCCCCGCCUCAGGAAGUCGCUCUACCACCACCGAUCCCUCUUCGACCGCCGUGGACACCAAUCCUGCAUCUAGUGACGAUCCUUCUAUAGUGACAGGUUUCCUCGCCAGUCCUGAACAACUGGUGGAGGUUUUGUUGUUGCACGGUGGAACCACAGACCUAGAGUCACAGAAGUCAGACGAUCAAUUCAAGCUGGCUCUCAAACAACGCGAGAAAGACAGCUUGAGGAGCCUUAGGGUGAAUUUGGACCACGCCGUCCUUGUUCCUGGCAAGCGGUUGACACCAAAAGGCAGUCGGGCGGGGUCGGGCGCGCCGUCACCACUUGCGCGUGACGUCCCGCAGGACGACGCGGUCGGACAGAGCAGCACGCCGAAGGAUUCGAGGAAGCGCAAGGGGGAACGCAGUUCCAGGGUUCCGCGUCCUAGAACCCCGGGCGCGGCCGACACUCAGGCUUUGACCGCGGCGACCUCGCCCACUUCUCCCCCAGACUCCCCAGACUCCAAGCGGCCGAAGCUUUAG